AUGGGGGAGCCGAUGCCCGUGGGAGCGCCAGUCCCGGUGGAGCAGGCAGUGCUGGAGACGUUUUUUUCUCAUUUAGGCAUCUUUUCUUACGACAAGGCCAAGGACAAUGUGGAGAAGGAGCGCGAAGCUAACAAGAAUGCCGGGAGCAGCUGGCUUUCGCUUCUGGCGGGGCUGGCCCAUCUGGCGGCGGCUGAAAAAGCCUACCAUAGCAUGACCUUCCUGGGCCAGAAGCUAGGUGGGCAGUCAUUCUUCAGCCGGAAGGAUUCUAUACGAACUAUAUAUACGUCUCUGCAUAAUGAGCUGAAGAAGGUGGUAGCAACUGGUCGGAAUGCAGUGGGAGGAACAGCUCCGCACCUUGAAGAACUGCUUUCUCAUCUUUCUGAACAGCUCUGCUUCUUUGUCCAGGCUCGGAUGGAAAUUGCUGACUUUUAUGAAAAAAUGUACAGCUUCAGUACCCACAAGUAUAUAAACUCUGAGGAACUGAUAAAUGUUUGGGAAUCCAUCCUGAAAAGAUACAGCUCAAGAUUUCAUCACCCAAUCCUUAGUCCUCUGGAGGGCAAUUUCCAGUUAGAAACUGAUGUGCUUAUGCAUCUUCUGAAGGCUCAGGCCCAGAUCUCUGAGUGGAAGUUCCUCCCAUCCUUGGUCCACUUGCACAAUGCUCACAUGAAAUUGCAGACAUGGGGACAGAUUUUUGAGAAGCAGCGGGAAACAAAGAAGCAUCUCUUUGGUGGCCAGUCUCAGAAAGCUGUUCAACCUCCACACCUUUUCCUGUGGCUAAUGAAACUCAAAAAUAUUCUCCUUGCCAAAUUUAGCUUUUACUUUCAUGAGGCACUUAGUCGACAAACAACCUUAUCUGAAAUGAAAACUUUGACUGCAAAAGCUAAUCCUGAUUAUUUUGGGAAAAUCUCCAGCUUCAUCAGGAAAUAUGAUGCUGUUAAUGUUUCAUUAAUCUUUGACAAUCGUGGCUCAGAGAGCUUUCAGGGACAUGGUUAUCAUCACCCCCAGUCCUAUAGGGAAGCCCCAAAGGGUGUAGACCAGUAUCCAGCAGUGGUUUCACUGCCCAAUGACAGGCCUGUCAUGCACUGGCCUAAUGUCAUCAUGAUUAUGACUGAUAGAGCUUCUGAUCUGAAUACUUUGGAAAAGGUUGUCCAUUUCUAUGAUGACAAAGUUCAGAGCACGUACUUCUUAACCCGACCUGAACCUCAUUUUACCAUUGUGGUUAUUUUUGAAUCCAAAAAGUCUGAGAGAGACUCUCAUUUUAUCUCUUUCCUCAAUGAAACUUCCUAUUCUCUUAAGAACUCUAAAGCUUUUGCGAGCCUGAAGCCAGGAUCCAAAGGGUAAGAGGACUAUUAAGACAAAAUAGACAACAGUAACACAAGUUUGAAACAUCCUCAAAAUAGGCAUUUAUAUAUGUUGUCAUUUUAAUAAUUAUUUAAUUAUGAACAUUAAUUAUUAAGCAUUUUUGGAAUGAAAAAUCAGAAUUAUAUAGAAUUGAACGGGAACAUGCAAAUUACACAAAUGUGCACUAAAACGAUCAGUAUG